GGUCGGCGAGUUCACGCCCAAGCGGGGACCGUUUACCGCCAGGCCCGGCGGGUGCGGAGGGAUAAACCCCGGGAGGGCGCCGAGUGGGAUUGCGUGCAGACCUGAUUGGCCUCUGUCUUCAGCGCGGGAUGCGGAGACGCCCCUGAGCAACCAUGGCUGCGGCCGACGAGCUGGCCUUCCAUGAGUUCGAGGAAGCUACUAACCUUCUGGCCGAGACCCCAGAUGUGACCACUAUCAGCAGAAGUGACCCGCGGACCCCAGAGGGGCAGGUAGCUGUGGCCGUGGGCUCAGGUGGUGGCUACGGAGCCGAGGACGAGGUGGAGAGCGACAAGACCGCGCUUCUCCAGGAGCAGCAGCCGCAGCCGGGAUUCUGGACCUUCAGCUACUAUCAGAGCUUCUUCGAUGUGGACACCUCGCAGGUUCUGGACCGGAUUAAAGGAUCGCUGCUACCCCGGCCUGGCCACAGCUUUGUGCGGCACCAUCUGCGGAAUCGCCCAGACCUGUAUGGCCCCUUCUGGAUCUGCGCCACCCUGGCCUUUGUCCUGGCCGUUACUGGAAACCUGACAGUGGUGCUGGCCCAGAGGAGGGACUCUUCCAUCCACUACAGCCCCCAGUUCCACAAGGUGACGGUGGCUGGCAUCACCAUCUACUGCUACGCCUGGCUGGUGCCACUGGCACUGUGGGCCUUCCUGCAGUGGCGCAAGGGCGUCCGGGAGCGCAUGGGGCCUUACACAUUCCUGGAGACUGUGUGCUUCUAUGGCUACUCCCUCUUCAUCUUCAUUCCCACUGUGGUCCUGUGGCUGAUCCCUGUCCCGUGGCUACAGUGGCUCUUUGGGGCAUUGGCUCUGGCCCUGUCAGCUGCUGGCCUGGUGUUCACCCUCUGGCCCAUUGUCCGCGAGGACACCAGAUUGGUGGCCUCCAUGCUGCUAUCUGCCGUUGUACUACUCCACGCCCUCCUGGCCAUGGGUUGUAAGUUUUACUUUUUCCAGCCACUGCCUCUGGAGCACAUGGCACCUGCACACCAGGACACAUCUCUGCACCCAAACGUAGUCCUGACACCCACCCCGCCAAGGCCUAUGACAUCCUAAGGCCUGAGGCUACAGGUCUAACAGGAGGGACACUGCCUGCCCUGCCCCCAAGAUGAUGAGUGAAGGUUCCCUUGACAUUUCAAGAUCACUCUGCUACUUUCCAGACUUUUCUUACAAAGCAAACACUUUUAUUUUCUAUGCAAAGGUGAUUCAGAGAAUUUAUAUAAAGGUGGGAGACGGUGGCUGAACUAGGAGCUUCCAGUGCAGCUGUUGCCCCACGGGCCACCUGCUGGGCCUUCUUUCCCCGAGGGUCCGGCAGGAAAGCAAAGGGUCACUCCAGCCUCAGCUGUGCCCACCCUUGGCUCCACCACAUCCAAGUUUGGGGGUGUUAGAAAUGGGGGGAGCAGAAGUAGAAGAAAAUUGCCUGUGCUGAAACACA